AUGAAAACAUGGACACACGAGGUGUAUGCAGGGAAGAAAACCCUGGGGGACGUUGGCCUAGAGGGAAAGCGUGUUUUUCUGCGCGUGGACUAUAAUGUUCCCUUUAAGGACGGAUUUAUUCUUGAUAAUGCGAAAAUUGCAAAAAGUUUGGCAACUAUUGACUUCCUGCGCAGAAAGAAGGUUUCUUCGAUAAUCAUUGCGUCUCACUUGGGGCGGCCUGAGUGCGAUGCAGAUCCUGCGAACAGCCCUGCAGACGUGAGCAUGCUUCCUGUGCUUGACGAGCUCAAUAGGUGUCUUAUGGAGUCGGAGAUUCCCAUCUCCUUUGAGUUCCAGUACAUGGUGAAGGAGGCUGUAGAUAGCAAAAAACAGUGGAUGUUUGUGCAGAAUCUGCGCAGCCUUAAGGUGGAGAAAGACCAGACAGACGAGGAGAGCAAAGAGCUUUUUGACGAGUUUGUCCGUUUGAACUGCGAUUUGAUGGUUAAUGAUGCGUUUGCUGUGUUGCACAGAUCGGACUACUCGGUGGUUGGUGUGCCUCUGGAGAAGAUAGCAGGGAUACUGCUGGACUCAGAGAUGCAAAGCGUCAGCUUUCUGCUGGGAAAGACUCCUCCUGUGGAGAGACACUCGCCAAUGUCCUGCGUAGACGACAGAGAGAUAGAAAAGUUUAUGAGCAUUGGAAAGAAUGCAAAGAAUUUCCAGAUACAGGACAAAAAGCCCAUAGACCUGCUGAUUAUUGGAGGAUGCAAGCUUGCAGAUAAAAUACAGCUGGUUGAGAAUCUGUCAACCAUUGCAUCAAAUAUCUUCCUGGGCGGCUUGCUGGCUCUUCCUCUUUUGGAAAAACCGCUGAGCAAAGAGGUGGAGAAUCUCAUAGAAAGCACAAUAUACGAGCGAAUUUCAGUCUUCUUCCCAGCAGACUAUGUGCUAAAGGACCAGUCAGUGGUCUCAGCAAAGGCAGCAGCGCAGAGAAUGAGCGAAAUAAAAGAUAUUGGGCCAAAAACGGAAGAGCUGCUGGCUGAUCUGAUAUCGCAGAGUUUUAGCAUUUUCUGGAACGGCACGCUUGGGCAGGCAGAGAUCAAAGAGUUUGCACACGGAACAGACACUGCGCUCACAUGCAUAAAGAAAAGGAGGGAAAAGCUGCAUGAAGAGAGCGCAAGAACGAUGAUCUGUGCUGGGGGCGGGGACACUGGAGGGUACAUAAACGCAAAUGGGCACAGGGGGUCUUUUGAUCUUAUUUUCACGGGAGGCGGAGCUACGCUGGCUGCUCUGCAGGGAGACAUCCUCCCGGGCGUCCACGCCCUUUCCGACAGAAAGAAUGUUUGA